AUGCCACUUACAUCAGCUUCUUCUAUAGUGCUAGGAUGUUCAGUUGCAGUUGUAUCAUCAGGAAUACAAUCCUUAGGUAUUACACUACAAAGAAAAUCACAUUUAUUACAUUUAAUACCAAGUACAACCCAUGGCCAACUUCAUACUCAUCGACAAUCUUAUCAAUAUCAUCAUCAAAAAUAUAAAAGAAAUAUGUGGUUAUUUGGUUUCUUGCUAUUUAUAAUUGCUAAUAUAUUAGGAUCAAUAAUUCAAAUUACAACAUUACCAUUAAUCAUAUUAUCACCAUUACAAAGUAUUGGAUUAAUCUUUAAUUCAAUAUUAAGUUGUUUAUUAUUACCAGGAGAAUAUUUUGCCAGGAAAUUAUGGAUUGGAACGAUAAUUAUAUCUAUUGGUGCAUUUAUAAUUGCGUAUAAUGGAAAUAUACCUUCAUUACCUGAACCAAUACCUCCACCAACUGUUGAUGAACGAUUUUAUAAUAUCGUUAUAAGGUUAUCUCAAAAAUCAUUUUUAAUUUGGUUUAUUGGGACGUUUGUUGGAAUGAUUGUUUUAUUACUAAUUAAUAAAUAUUAUCUUAACAAAAGGAUACAAUCAACUCAACAACAACAAUCAAUACUAAAGAGGGAUGUUGUUGUCUUUGUUAAUAAAUAUCAAUUUUUAAAGGGAAUAAAUUAUGGAUUAAUUAGUGGAGCAUUAACAGCCCAUACAUUUUUAUUUGCCAAAUCAAUAAUUGAUGUUAUAAUAGAAAGUUUGUUAAAUGAUAAACAUCAUUUAUUGCCAAUUAAAAAUGCAUUACCAUAUGUUUUAUUAAUUACAAUGUUGUUAAUUGUUGGAUUACAAUUAACGGCAUUUAAUUUAGGAUUAGCAGAAAUAUCAACUGGUAUAUUAUAUCCAUUAUGUUUUUUGGUUUAUAAUUUGAUUAAUUUGAUUAAUGAUUUAAUUUUCAAUUCUUUAUUAAGUAGUCAUAGAAUGACUAUUAUACAAUUUUUAUGGAUUUUAUUUGGAUUAUUUGGUGUAUUAUGUGGGGUUGUUAUCUUGAGUUGGGAUAGUGCAUUUACAAGUGAAUGUGAACAACAACAACUCCAACAAGAACAACAAGAAGAACAUGAAGAACAAGCUGAUAUUCCAAUUGAUGAGAAUUUGAUGUUUUUGAAAUUCCCUUAUAAUAUGAUGUCACCAUCAAGAAAGGGAAGCUAUAUUGUUAACCCUAAAAAUAUUAUAGAUGAGAAUACAGGAUUACUUACUGAAUCUGCAUCAUCUGAUGAUUCAAUACAUAGUAUGGUUAAACAUUAUUGUAGUAUUGGAUCAAAUGAGACUAAUUCAAAUACAUUGACUAGUGGACAUAAUGAGGAGAGAGAAGAAUCACCGUUGACAGGACAGGAGGAUAGUGGUGUAGUAAUAAUAGAGGAUGAUAGAAGUGGUGGAAGAAGAAGAAGUAGGUCAAUGACAUUUGAACAGACUGAAUUAUUAAAACUGGUUGGAAAUCUAUAA